AUGGACACUGCCGGGAGGCCCUCGUGCUCCCAUCAGAGAUCCUUCGGGACCGACUUCACCUUCAAUGGAGGCAUGUGCAACAAAUGCAGCAAUGCUAGCUCGGUGCAGGACAUCACCUUCAUUGACACUCCUGGAGUUCUCUCCGGCAGCAAGCAGCGCAUCGGUCGAGACUACGACUUUGCGCCAGGGGGCCCAGCAAAGUGGGAUCCCUCUUGUGAAGAGAAAGCGCUUAGAUUCUUAGAUGCCAGGAAGAUCAGCGCCUGGAUGGCAGAUCGAGCCGACCUGGUGCUCCUCACGCCCGGGCCCGAGCCUCCCGCCUCGCCUCUGUUCGACGCCCACAAGCUGGACAUCUCCGACGAGUUUCAGCAAGUCAUGGAGGUCUUGCGGCCCCAUGCCGGCAAGGUGCGAUGUGUGCUCAACAAGGCGGACCAGAUCGAUGCAUCCAAUCUGGUCAGGGUCUACGGGGCCCUCCUGUGGAAUGUUGGGAAGGUGUUUCAGACACCCGAAGUCGCGCGUGUCUUUGUCAGUUCCUUCUGGAACGAGCCGUACCGUUUCCAGGAUCACUUGACCCUCUUCGAGGAAGACAAGGCUGCUGUGGUGAAGGAGCUGCAAUCGCUUCCGCAUACAGCGCUGUUGCGGAAAAUCAACAACCUGACCGCCCGUGUGCGCAGAGUUAGAACUCACGUCAUCGUUGUCGGUUAUCUGCGAUCAAGGAUUCCUCUUCACCUCCGUGCGCUGGGGGCCGACGGGCCGAUCCGGCACUGGCUCUGCUCGAACCUGGAGUCUCUGCUGAGUGAGGCACAGCGGGUCCACAGCUUGAGCACCGGAGACAUGCCGAAACUGGAGGUGCUGCGGAGAAAGCUCCAGGACUUUGAGCAAGGCGCUGGUAUACAAACUACAGUAGCUAAAGUAAAGUUUGGGCAUUGUUUCUCCAUGCGACUUUACAACUCAGCCUUGCCCGAAAGUAGAACUUGA